CAGUUAAAAUGAUUGCAGUGAAAAUAUCGUAUUUGCCCUUGGAAUAUAAAUGUAUAUGAUUUAUUUCAUACUGUGACGUACGUAUCCAAGGUGCAGUGUUGUACUGAUGAGCGUUAUAAACAGCAGAUUUAGUUUUUUAGGUGUGCUGUAUGCAACUCACUACUGCUGUAAUCGCGGUUGGUAGGCUUCUUCAGAGUUUCCUCUCAUUUAAAUUGAGUUCUUGAACUUUAUUCUCAGUACUGAAAUAUUGAAGCAGAAGGAGACGUGGAGGAAAGAAAACCCGAGAUACUAUGGGAAAUUUGCAGUUGUAAAACAAGAUGCUGAAAUAAAACACACUGCAAAUCCAGUACCACACCAGCACAUGACUACAGAAUUGCACAACCAAACUUUCUCUGCCACCACCCCGUAUGUUCUGGGAUGGUUACUAAGAAUAGGCCAUGGCCAAUACUCAAGAUCUUUAUUUCAUAUUUUACAAUCUGUGCCAAAUUAAUGUAUCUGUAAUAUAGUGUGUCAGGAGGAAAGAUACAUGCUUUGAGAGGUGAUACUAGUGGUGAUUCUGAACAAAGAACUCCUUUUUCAGACCUUUUCUUUACCAUUUAUCGGUAAACUAAUGAAAACAAAUAGGAACGGAAAUAUGCAGCAUCGUCCUUACUAAUCGUGUCAGUAUGCAGUUCACUUGAACGUGGUGCAGUUGUUUACCUCAAGUCUCAGUGUCCCCCCCCCCCCCAAUCACGCGUGCGGGUUGGGGGGGGGGGGGGGGGGGGGGUAACAAUAGGCCCGUGGUAGGCCUGCCUGUCGUAAGAGGCGACUAAAAGGAGUCUCAAAAGUUUCGGCCUUAUGUGAUGGUCCCCUCUCGGGUUUGACCUCCAUCAUUCCAAGUUCUUCCGAAGAGUGAGCCAAUUGGUGAAGGGCGGCUUACAUGGUGCAUUGUAUCCGUCGUGCAUUGAGAACUUUAGUCAGCUUUCUCAUCAUCGCAAUGCUGUCCCACUCGUUUUCCAUCUCUUGGGGGAGGAUACGUUCCUGGGUGCAUUACCACUAUGCACUGUGCAGUGUUGUUUUUUGCAGACGGUGACCAUGGACGUCUUUGCACUUAAUAUCCAGCACAGUAGCCAGUCCGUUGUGGUGGGGCCGCCAUGUACCCAGUUGGUUCUUGCCCCUGACAACACAAGGAUCGCUCUGCCUGCUCCGUUAACUCCCCACGUAUGCCAAGGCAUAGAUUCCCAUCCCUCUGGGGCAUUGGGACUCCUGUCAAUGGCCAUCCUGCCAGGUGGCCUUUGCUGCAGCUGGGUGGCACCCGUGGGGAGGCCCCCUGGUCGGAAUGGGUGGCUUCAGGGCGUAUGACAUGCAAUGUAGGGUAGUCAUUCAUAUCUUGCUGGAGUGAUUAUGAGCUAAGUUGAAUGCACAGAAGCUCAACCUCGUAGGGCUUCGCAAUCCUCCUCCGUCCCGGAGACUGAAUGGGUGAAGCCCUCCGAGCCAGUGAGACCCAAGGAGCAGCGAGAGAAGUCCAAGAAAAAGACCCCUCCUAAGACCAAGGAACUAGCAAUGGCACCCCCCCCCCCCCCUCCCACUGCAGGCUCUGCGUCUGAGGAUGAGGUGGAGAUCCUGGCGUCCGCGGAGGACCUAGAUCUCUCCAGUCCCUUAGCCACAAUGGAUAGCACUUGCACAGGUGCUCAGUUGGUGACAGCAGGUGAAUCAGCGGCGUAUUCUGCCUUCCCUUUCUCAGACAUGGACAAUGUCAACCUCCUGUGGAACUGCAGUGGUUUUUUCUAUCAUCUUUCUGAGCUCAGACAACUUCUCAGCCUUCAUCCAUUCCUCUGCAUUGUUCUUGAAGAAACUUGGUUUCCAGUGUUGCACACCCCUGCCCUCCAUGGCUGUCGGGGUUAUUAUAGGAACAGGGCAGCUUACGAAAGGGGGUCUGUUGGCAUCUGCAUCUAUUUCCUUCACUCCCUUCACAGCGAGUCUGUCCCUCUACAAACACCUUUAGAGGUUGUUGCUGUUCGAGUGUGGAUGCCACAGGCUGUUAAUGUCUACAGUCUGUAUCUUCCACCAGAUGUUGAUGUCCCACAGCAUGUACUGGCUGCUCUGAUAGCCCAAUUGCCUACACAUUUUGUGUUACUGGGCGACUUGAACGCCCAUAACCCUCUGUGGGAUGGAACAGUGGCAACAGGCCGAGGCAGCACCGUUGAGCAUGUAUUGGCACAGUUCGACCUUUUCCUUUUAAAUGAUAGUCCCUUCACACAUUUCAGUGUGGCGCAUGGCACAUACCCAGCCAUAGACCUUUCGAUCUGCAGCGCUAGCCUCUUACCGUCUGUCCAAUGGAGUGUGCACGAUGACUUGUGCGGCAGUGACCACUUUCUGAUCUGUCUGUCACUGCCACAGCAUCUCUCUUCUAGGCGCCCCUGCAGAUGGGCUAUGAAUAAGGCUGACUGGGACUUGUUCUCCUCCAUUGCCACUUUUGAGCCUCUUUCCACUGACGCAAUUGAUGCUGUGGUUCACUCAGUCGCCAUCGGCAUCAUUACUGCAGCAGAAUCUGCCAUUCCUUGUUCUUCUGGGACCCCUCGGUGGCGGACUGUGCCUCGGUGGUCGCCAGAGAUCGCGGAGGCGAUUAAAGAUCCCAGGCAGGCGCCCCAGCGUUGCAAGCGGCAUCCCUGAUUAGAAUACCUCAUUACCUUUAAACGUCUCCAUGCACGGGCCUGCCACAUCAUUCGCCAACACAAGCAGGAGUGCUGGGAUUGGUAUGUCUCCACCAUUGGCCUCCAUAUCUCUCCGUCGCAGGUUUGGGCCAAGAUUAGGCGACUCUAUGGCUAUCGGACUCCCGUCAUUGUCCCUGUGCUUUCACUGAAUGGAGCAGUUUGUACUGACCCCGACACAAUUGCCAACUGCUUAGCAGAGUAUUUUGCUCAGAGGUCUGCUUCUGUGAGUUACCCAUAGGCCUUCCGCUCCAUUAAAGAGGAGUUGGAACGUUGGAGCCUUUCAUUUCACACGUGCCACCCUGAAUGCUACAAUGUUCGUUCAGCGAGUGAGAAUUCCAAAGUGACUUAGCCGCUUGCCCUGAUAUGGCUCCCAGGCCAGAUCGCAUCCACUGUUAGAUUCUCAAACAUCUCUCAGUGGACUGCCAGUGCCGCCUCCUAGACCUUUACAACCGUAACUGGGUUGAGGGUGCGUUCCCGUCGCAGUGGGUGAGAAAGCAUUGUAAUCCCCGUUUUGAAACCUGGCAAGUACCCACUGGAGGUCGACAGCUACUGCCCCAUUAGCCUCACCGACAUUCUUUGCAGGUUACUCCAAUGUAUGGUGAGCCGGCGGUUGAGUUAGGUACUCGAGUCUCUGGAUCUUCUGGCUCCAUCUCAGGGUGGGUUCCAUAAAGACCACUCUACCCCCGAUAAUCUGGUGAGCUUGUAGUCUGCCAUCUAUACGGCCGCGUAUCAGGGCUCUGGCAUUGUCUACACCGAUGGUUCGAUGGUUGCUGGUCGUGUCGGUUAUGCUCUCACUCUAGGGGACCAUUACGAACAACACUCAUUGCCGACUGGCUGCAGCAUUUUCACUGCUGCGCUGGUCGCCAUCUCUCGUGCCUUAGAGUAUAUCCGUUCCUGCUGAGGUGAGUCCUUCGUUAUCUGUAGCGACUCCGCGAGCAGGUUAUGAGCUAUCAAUCAAUGUUUCCCUCGCUCUCGUCUGGUGGUGGCUAUCCAGGAGUCCCUCCAUACUCUUGCCCGUUACGGCCACUCUGUGGUCUUUAUCAUGUCGGUCAUGUCGGCAUCCUGGGCAGUGAACGUGUUAACAUGCUGGCCAGACAGGAUGUCGAUGCACCAGCCUUAUCGAUUGGGCUUUCCCAGAGUGAUCUCAGGGCAGUUUUGCGGCAGAAUGUACUUCGCACCUGGGUUGAAGAAUGGUGCACCCUGCCUUCACCAAACAAACUUCAGGCCAUCAAGGAGGCUAGCGGUGCGUGGCUCUCCUCCUUGCGGGUCUAUUGGAAGGAGUCUGUUGUCCUCUGCCGGCUGCACAUUGGGCACACCCAGAUGACGCACAGCCAUGAGGACCCACCUCUAUGUUGCUGCAGAUCCGCUUUGACGGUGGUCCACAUUUUGUUGGCCUGUCCCCUUUUAGCUGUGCUCAGGCAUACGUUUGCACUGCAUGCUCCCUGUCCUUUUAACAGAUGACACUGUUGUGGCAGGCUUAGUUUUGCGUUUUAUUCGUGCAGUGGUCUUUUAUCACUUAAUCUGAGUGUUUGUAAUUUUUUGUUUUGAGUCUGGCCUUUGGCCUACGAUUUUAGACUGGGUUAUUUUUUUUUUUUUUAGUGUGGCUCUAGGUGGUAGGCUUUUCCUUUUUUGUCUCUAUGGUUGGCCAACCACUGUCAGACUCUGUGUGAUUUUAAUUACUUAUGUCUGGUCUCUGUCUGAGUGUUUCUUGUACUGUGUCGCCUGUUGUCAUCUCCAUUGUUCGUUUUUAUUCUGUGUGGGUGGUUGAAGUUUUGGAAAAAGGUAUGGAUGACCGUAGCAGUCUGGUCCCUUCAAUCCCACAAACCAACAAAGUCUCAGUCUGACAGUGCUUGUCGUAGUGCGAGGUACAACAGUGCUGUUAUGUGAACAAUGAAUACAGUUUAGUGUAGUCAAAAUGCCACGAAUUUUCACACAUGCAGAGUAUGCUGACAUGGUGUUGGUCUAUGGUUUGUCCAAUGGGAAUUUCAGAGCUGCUGUGUGAGAAUACCAGCAGCGAUUUCUGAAUCGCAGAGUGACAGGCAGCAGGGUGUUUCACAGAUUGUGUGCGGGUGGUAUGCUUCCCAGUGUAAAUGUUGUCUCUGAAUGUCCUAUACAACAAACUCUUAAUGGAGGUGAGAACAUUAUUCAAGUAGUGGAACACAACACUACUACUAGCUCUAGAAUAUUCCACAAACAUGAGUACAGUCUGUAUCCCAUUCAUGGGCAGAGUGUACAACAUCUACAUGAAGGAGAUGCUGACUCCCGACAAGAAUUUUGUUAAUGGAUCAUUGUCAGUGAGCAAUUAAUUCCACAUAUUCUGUUCACUGAUGAGUCAACAUUUACCUGAAACAGAAUCAACAAUAUGUGCAACAUGAAAUGUGCAUGCUACUGUGGAAACAAAUUUUCAGUGAUGUUUCUCAGUCAACGUGUGGUGCGAUAUUUUUGAUGACCAACUCAUCAGUCCAGUUAUUUUACAUGACAGUCUUGCUGGGAUACAGUAUCUUGAGUAUCUUCAAAAUGUGUUACCAGAAUACGUGGAGGAUAUCCCUUCGGCAACAUGAGCUUGUAUGUACUUUCAGCUUGACGGAGCUUCUACACAGUCUGUAUCUCAGCACAACAUAUCCUGAUCAUUGGAUCGGUUGCCAUGGAGUCAUUGCUUGACCACAGAGGUCACCUGAUCUCACCUCAUUGGAUUACUGUGUGUGGCGGUGGCUGAAGAGCAACAUCUACAAUCACAGUGUGGACACAAGAGAGGAACUUCUCACUUGUAUUUUACAUGCUUGUGCCCAAGUAAAGGAUUGCAAAACUGAGCUCCGAUCGGUGACACAGCACCUGUCUACAAGAGCAGCAACAUUGAAGUUGGCGAUGGACUGAUCAUCUGUGAGGAAACAUAUACAAUUAAACAAACCAUAACAUUACAGUAUCUUAAUUUACCGUCACCUGCACCUUUCCCGUUCCUAGUAGUUUCCAUUGGGUUACUCAGAGAUGGUUAAGAAAAGGGCAUAUGUUUGUUAGAGGGUUUUUGUUCAGAAUCACCAGUAGUAUCACCCCUCAAAGCAUGUACCUUUCCUCCUCACUCACCGUGUAUAUUAAUGUGAUGGCAUGAACAAUAGUAGUAUAGAAACAUGAAGAAAAUGAAAUGGUUUACAUUCCACUGUGAAAACCUCUUGUUAUGUUUAUUAAAGUUGAUUACACUUGUAUCUCGUGUGUUCGAGUUGACUGUUGUAAUGAAUGAGAUGUUUUAAGUAUGUCAUGUUAAAAACAGCUGUAGUAAAAUAAAUUUGUUUAUUGC